AUGAGCGUCCCAUUGACGACCCUCAGCCAGGGCUGUAUAGAGGCGCCUCCUCCACAGCCUCAGAUGAGAGAAGGGGAGGAAGUAAACGGACGUUCUGCUUCGAUCAAUUCAUCCCGCUCGCAUUUGCCAAAGUGGAACAAGCCAGCCAUUAACCUGUGGAGGUUUGCUGCUGCGAACUAUACGUUCAUCAUUCUCGGUGCCAACGAUGCAGCAUAUGGAAUUGAAAAACAUUACAACAUUUCAUACACAGUUGUCUCGCUUAUCUUCCUGUCACCUCUUGGUGGCUACGCAGCGGCGGCAACGUUCAGCAACAUGAUCCAUAUGAAACUGGGCCAGCGUGGUAUAGCAUUUCUCGGCCCUUGCUCGCAUAUACUGGCAUACGUUGCCGUCUGUCUUCACCCGCCAUACCCGGCCCUUAUUGUUGCUUUCAUCUUUGCCGGUUUUGGCAAUGGAAUUGCGGAUGCAGCUUGGAAUGCAUGGAUAGGCGGCAUGGCGAAUGCAAACGAACUCCUUGGCCUCUUACAUGGAUUCUACGGACUAGGAGGGAUGCUGGCUCCUCUUAUUGCAACUGCUCUAAUUACCAAAGCUGGCUGGGAAUGGUAUGAGUUUUACUACUUGCUUGCCGGUGCAUCCUUUUUGUCCCUUGCCUUUUCGCUUCCGGCGUUCUGGAGUGCAACUGGAUCUAGAUACCGGGAGGCCCAUCAAGAUUCGUAUGAUGAAGCUGAGAGGCACGGAAACAAUAUAAACGCCUAUACAGCAUCUCCCAGGGCCAAUAAAAUGAUGGUUAAGCUCAUGGGCAACACAAGAAUGGCCGAGGCGUUGAGUAACCGGGUAACCUGGAUCUGUAGCAUUUUCCUUGCAGUUUACGCAGGUGCAGAGGUCGGGUUGGGAGGCUGGAUCGUCACCUUCAUGAUCAAUGUUCGACAUGGUUCCCCAUUCGCGUCUGGAGUUACUGCUACAGGCUUCUGGCUGGGCAUAACACUAGGGCGAAUGAUUCUAGGGUUCGUUACUCCUAGAUUCUUCAAAACAGAGAAGCACGCCGUUGUGUUCUACCUUGGCUGCUGUAUCUGUCUAGAUCUCGUAUUUUGGCUUGUUCCAAAUUUCUAUGCUUCCGCCACCGCUGUUGCGUUCAUGGGUUUCUUCCUUGGCCCCUUAUUCCCCGCAGGUGUCGUUGCUGCGACGAAAUUGUUACCAAGGAAUCUCCAUGUUGCUGCCAUUGGCUUCACUUCAGCUAUGGGCGCCUCAGGAGCUAGUACACUCCCUUUCGCUGUCGGUGCAAUUGCUCAGGCGAAAGGAGUCGAGAUUUUGCAACCGUUUAUACUGGGAGUGCUAGUGUUAUGUCUCGCUGUCUGGAUGUGUCUGCCCAGCCUUCCAAGGAGCAAUAUCCGCCUAUAA